GGUGUGAUUGACGGGGUGAAGAAAGAUAAAUCGAUGUUCGAACUUUGUGGUGGAACGCUCCAACACAGCAAUAGAAACAAUAUAAUAGCUUUCCACGAUAAUGGGAGCGCUAUUCGUGGGGUUGAGGUUGAUGACAUCAUAGUAACGGAUCCGAUGACAUCAUCAUGCUUCGUGAAAAAGAAGAAAUUAAAGCACUUGACGUUGACAGCCGAAACUCACAACUUCCCCACCGGGGUUGCUCCGUUUCCGGGGGCUACUACAGGCACUGGGGGGCGACAGAGAGACCAACAUUCAAUUGGUCGUGGGUCGUCCAUCACAGCAGGUACGGCGGGUUACUGCGUUGGUCAACUCCACCUACCCGAUCUACCGUGGGAGGAUGAAUGGGUGUUGCCGUCCAACCUUGCGCAUGCUGCCACCAUCAUUAUUGAGGGUAGUAACGGGGCAAGCGAUUAUGGGAAUAAGUUCGGAGAACCUGUUAUUGCAGGAUUUUUUCGUUCGUUUGGAAUGAAGUUAUCGCCUCAUGAGCGCCUCGAGUGGUUGAAACCGAUCAUGUUUAGCGCGGGGGUCGGGUCAAUCAACGAUCACCACACCAGUAAAUAUAAACUGGAACCCGAUACUAAGGGGUUGUUGGUCGCAAAGUUGGGUGGACCCCCAUAUCGCAUCGGGGUGGGUGGGGGUUCCGCGUCAUCGCUCAUGCACGGCGAGAACGAGGACAAUCGAGAUUACAACGCCGUUCAACGAGGCGACCCCGAGAUGCAACAGAAGCUAAAUCGAGCCAUUAGAGGGUGUAUCGAGUUAGGGGAAAACCCCAUCCUAUCUAUACAUGACCAGGGGGCGGGGGGCAACGGCAACGUACUGAAGGAGAUCGUUGAACCAUCGGGGGCCAAGAUAUUCACCAAGUCGUUUCAACUCGGAGAUAAAAGUUUGUCGUCGCUUGAAUUAUGGACGGCCGAGUAUCAAGAGUCGGAUGCGAUCCUCCUCGAUCCCGGGAGGUUCGAUGAUUUGAGGAAGAUUUGCGAUCGGGAACGAUGUCCACUAGAUGUCGUGGGAGAGCUGGAUGGAAGCGGGAAGAUUGUAUUGUCCGAGGAAGACAUCGAACAAUGCCCCCCGUCGAAACAGCGGCGAUCGUCGACACAAGUGCGACAUCCGGUGGAUCUUGAGCUCGACCUCGUUCUCGGGAAAAUGCCACAGAAAGUUUACAACCUCUCAACCGUGACGAGGAAGUUGGAACAAUUUGAUUAUCAUGAGAUAGACUUCGACGAGGCAUUAUCACGAGUUUUACGUCUUCCGUCAGUGGGGAGUAAAAGAUUUCUUACAAAUAAGGUUGACAGGUCAGUGGGGGGGUUAAUAUCCCAACAACAAUGUGUGGGACCUUUACACACCCCCCUCGCUGAUGUUGGGGUGACGGCACUCACCCAUUUCACCACCCAUGGGGUCGCGACGGCCAUCGGGGAACAACCCAUCAAGAUGUUGGUUGACGUGGAGCGUGGGGCGAGGAUGGGGGUCGGGGAGGUAAUGACAAAUAUCGUGUUCGCUCCAAUAUCCGAUAUCAAGGAUGUGAAGUGUAGCGCUAACUGGAUGUGGCCUGCUAAGGUACCAGGUGAAGGAGCACGUAUCCGAUUGGCUUGUGAAGCGAUGUGUUCGUUGAUGAAGGAAUUAGGUAUCGCAGUCGACGGCGGGAAAGACUCACUCAGCAUGGCUGCGUGCGUGGGAGAGGAGAUUGUGAAGUCACCAGGCAACCUCGUUAUAUCGGCUUACGCGCCAUGUUAUGACAUCACAAUGGUGGUGACCCCUGAUCUGAAACGUCCAAACAAAGGUCAAGGUUCAUUGGUUUACGUCCCAAUGUCAACGUGUAAGCCGUAUUUGGGGGGCAGUGCCCUCGCGCAAUGUUACAAACAACUGGGGUCACGCACCACCGACCUCGAUGACUCAGCGUUGUUCGUUCGAGCGUGGAAGAUGACUCAGCAGUUAAUAGGGGAGGGUUUGAUAAGUGCGGGUCACGACGUCAGCGAUGGGGGGUUCGUGACGGCUUUGUUGGAGAUGGGGUUUGCUGGUAAUUGUGGCCUCAAAGUAGACAUCGAAUCUGAAUCCUCUAUGUUGGAAUUCAUGUUCGCUGAGAGAUUGGGGUUAAUAUUGGAAUGUAUCGAUCCUAUGGGUGUAGUGGGGAGGUACGAAGGGGUUGGGGUGAGUGCGGUGGGUAUCGGGGUGAGCGACGAUACACGCCAGGUAACAAUCAAAUACAAUGGUUCGAUUGUGAUAAACAAUCGAUCGAUAUCGUUGCUACGGGCAACGUGGGAAUCGACGAGCUUUGCUCUUGAGCGCCUCCAGUGUGAGCAUAGUUGUGUAACGAGCGAGGAGGAAUGGUGCGCGAGUUGCACAACGGAGCCGAUGUACCAUGUGACGUUCGAUGUGUUGCCGCCCACGGUGCCGGACAAAGACAUCCAUGUAGCAAUAAUACGAGAGGAAGGCAGCAACGGGGACCGGGAGAUGGCCGCCGCAUUUUAUAAAUCAGGGUUCCAGGCAUGGGAUGUACCGAUGGAAGAUUUAAUUUCGUCCAAAACAACGAUGGAUAUUUUCCGCGGCAUUGUGUUUGUUGGUGGGUUCAGUUUCGCUGAUGUGUUGGGGUCAGCUAAAGGUUGGGCUGCGUGUUGUCGAUUCAACUCCAAGGUGCGGGGUGAGUUGGCACGCUUCAAAUCUCGUAAUGACACUUUCUCGCUCGGUGUUUGUAACGGCUGCCAGUUGAUGGCGCUGUUGGGUUGGUUCGAUGACGAGGCCGAGGAUAUGAGCAAACUCGAUUAUUACCUCGCACCCAACAACUCAGGAAGGUUUGAAUCGCGGUUUUGUUCGGUGAGGAUCGAGGAGAACUCGUCGGUCAUGUUGGGGGGGAUGGGGGGGUCAGUGGUCGGGGUGUGGGUCGCUCAUGGAGAAGGGAAGUUUGUGUUCGAUUCCAAGGACAAGUUAGAUUCAUUGUUCCGUAACAGACAAGCAUUGUUACGUUACGUUGAUCAUAAUGGGGAUCCCACGGAGAGAUAUCCACUCAACCCUAACGGGUCAACAAUGGGAAUCGCUGGCAUCUGCUCACGUGAUGGUCGCCAUCUAGCGGUUAUGCCUCACCCCGAACGAUCUAUUAUGACGUGGCAAUGGCCGUUUGUUCCCAAGUCGUGUAACAAUGGGAAGAAUGAUCCGUCACCAUGGCAACAAAUGUUUCAUAACGCUAUGCGGUGGUGUCAGGAGGAACUAUGAUGUCAUAAUCAGCAUAAUAUGACGCCACAAUGCAAUUGUCUUCAAUAAUGAGCUUGAUAUGACGUAAUAAUGCAAUCAUUGUUGUAUACAAGAUGGCGCAAUCAGUUUGUUAAAAAUAAAUUUCUUGUCCAUCCA